AUGGACACAUCGGCGUACGAAACAGAGGGGAUGAGCAUGGCAGACAGGGAAGAACUGAACGAGCUGCUCGAGCUUGUAGAGCUUCCAGAGCAUGAGAGUGGCCAUGAGAUGCUCAUGAGAUUGUUGAAAUUGGUUGAAUUGCUGUACAACGUGGCAACCCCAGCAGAAGGAGGGGAAGCUGAGGUCAGCCUUGCUCUCCGAGCCGGAAAUGCAAUCGUGCCACUGGUUGGGAAGAUCCGUGAACAAUUCGAUGAGCAGAUGGCCCGGAUUGUUGAACAGGAUACUACCAUUGUCAAACUCAACGAUGAUUUGGUUCGGGUAAAUGUCGAACUGCAAAGGUCUUACAUGACUCUGCCGGAAAAAAAGGUGGAGAGCGACAACAGCCAACAGUCAAGUGGGAAAGAAGAAGAAGAAGGGCUAUAUGCGCCCAACAGUGCUCACCUCUCGACAUGGAUUGGAAAUCAAGGGGUCUACAAAGAAAAUGUUGAGACCAUCACUCACGAUGCGUUCCAGUACGGACAGUUUGUGUCGAACCCUGCGAGUCCCGCCAAAGUCGUGACUAUGUCAAUGCCCACAGCCGAUGAUUCUGGAAAAGUCCAAUCGCGGCAGCCGGGGAUGGGGGCCGACAAUCAACCAUCGCCAGCUUCUUCUGAGGCUAACCAGUCCGGACAAGCUAUUCAGCGCACAUCGUCUGAAGAGUCACUUCCACAACAGGCAUACGACAUGACCUUCCCAUCCGGCCGUGGAACUUUUAUACGACCUGGCCCUGUUUACGAAAGAAUACCAGCUCUUCGCACUAAACUAAACCACAAGUUUUCUUCUGGUGAAAUUCUCACCGCGGAGGAGGGAGACGCGACACUGUGUAUUCAAGGAUCCAAUGAUGGUACAGCAGAGGCCAGCAACUCUGGUGGAGGCAACAAGGCCGAAAAAAAGGGCUCUGGUCCAAGGGUUGGGAACGACUCGACGUAUGGUUUUGCUGCCUAUAUGCAAGGGCUACAAUCAACUGAUCCACAACCACUUUGGCCCACGCCGAAGUUUCUACAACCACGGAAAUAUGGGAAAUUCAUCAUUUUUGACGUUCUUGAGUGGGCAUUUUACACCUUGUUGAGAGUCGUAUGGGACUUGAUUUCGGGACAGCUCAUUGCAUGGUGGCAUCUUCUACUAUUUCUGAUAACCACUGCCCUGCACUUGUUCACAUUUGGAACAGGCUUACUAGACGCUUUCCAUCUGCCGAAACUUCCUGUUUACAUCGUCCCUAGGCUCUCAUGGUGUAUUAUUGUGACUCAAGUCAUGUUUCUGACUUGCCUUAUGGCUUUCCUGGAUUGGAGACGGGAGCUCGAUAUUCUUCUUCAGGCCAAUGGGUUAAGCAGAAGGUACAUGCUCGACUACAUUUAUGAAGAAAGCCGCAUGAUUCUUUUCAUUGGGAUCGAGAAGGGAGUGUUUCGGUUGGGGAUAUCUGAGCCGGAAACCUUUUGGAGAAGUGAGAAUGACACGCAAAGGAUCAUUGGUCUAACACAAUAA